AUGGCGCAGGGCUCGGGGCAGAAGGAGGGCCGAGGGCGCGACCCCGGCGUGCGGGGCGGGGUUGCCAUGGCAAUAGCCCCCUCCCCACCCCUGCCCCCCGUGAUCCGGCCGAGGGAGGGGAUUGGGGACCAUCUGGAGGCCGCGGAUCCCGAGGGCACGGCGCAUGGGACAGGUAUCUGCGCGCCCCCCGCGCCCCUGGUGCCCGACCUUCCUACUGCCCCCAGCCCGGAUCGGGGGUGUGGCCCGGGACCUCUGACCGGCUGGGCGCUGCGGAGAGGUGCCCAGAGCUCGUCUCCGCAGAUGCCCCCUGACGCCAGCUUCCACUCGGCCUCGUCCCCUGACCCCGAGCGGCCGCGCAUCCUGAUCACAGGGGGUCUUGGCCAGCUUGGAGUGGGGCUCGCCGACUUGCUGAGGAAGCGCUUUGGGAAAGACAACGUGAUCCUGUCAGACAUCAGGAAGCCCUCGGAUCACGUUUUCCGCAGUGGCCCUUUUGUCUAUUCAGACAUCCUGGACUACAAACACCUCCGGGAGGUAGUGGUCAACAACCGCAUCAGCUGGCUAUUCCACUACAGCGCGCUGCUCAGUGCCGUGGGCGAGGCCAACGUGUCCUUGGCGCGUGCUGUCAACAUCACCGGUCUACACAACAUCCUGGAUGUGGCGGCCGAGCACGGGCUGCGGCUGUUUGUGCCCAGCACCAUUGGCGCCUUUGGUCCCAGCUCUCCUCGUGACCCGGCUCCGGAUCUCUGCACCCAGAGGCCCCGGACGAUCUACGGGGUGUCCAAGGUCCACACGGAGCUCAUGGGCGAAUACUAUCAUCACCGCUAUGGGCUGGACUUCCGCUGCCUGCGGUACCCCGGGAUCAUUUCUGCGGACACCAUGCCCGGCGGGGGAACCACAGACUACGCUGUCCAGAUCUUCCAUGAUGCAGUCAAGAGCGGCACGUUUGAGUGUAACCUGGAGGCGCACACGCGGCUACCCAUGAUGUACAUCGAGGACUGCCUCCGGGCCACGCUGGAGGUGAUGGAGGCCCCAGCCGAGGCCUUGACCCUGCGCACCUACAACAUCAAUGCCAUGAGCUUCAGCCCGCAGGAGCUGGCCCAGGAGGUGGCCAAGCACAUCCCUGGCUUCCGCGUCACCUACAAGGUGGAGGCUGUCCGCCAGGCCAUAGCCGAGAGCUGGCCCAUGAAUCUGGACGACAGCCGUGCCCGCCAGGACUGGGGCUGGAAGCAUGACUUUGACCUCCCGGAGCUGGUCGCCACCAUGCUGCAUCUCUGCGGAGCCCACGGCCAGGCGGCCCGGGCCAGCUGA